AUGACUACCACUACUGAUUCCUCCAACAAUAACUAUUCCUCACCCUCCAGCAGUCAUACCGACCAUCCUCCUCCACCACCCACACCUAUGCUGAAUCACAUUGCUCUUGUUAUCCCAAAUAUUACUAUUUUUACUAAGAUUACUCUGAGAAUUGAAAAAGGCAUGUAUAACACAUGGUCAGAGCUUUUCAAAAUUCAUGCUCAAGUUUUUCAAGUGAUUAACCAUAUCAUUCCCUCUAAAUCAGCCGCAAAUCCCUCUCUCAAAACUAUUGAUCCACAAUUAUGGCUUAGUCUUGACACAUUCCUUUUGCAUUUGAUAUAUGGAACAAUCUCUGAUGAUCUGCUCAACACUAUCACUGAACGUAAUUCCACCACUGAAAUCCCUUGGAAUCUCUUAUUCGAUAUCUUUUAUGAUAACAAGAAUUCCAGAGCUCUCUACCUAGAGCAAGAAUUUUUGCGAACUCAUACGGAGUAA